GGAAAAGCAUUACUCUUCCAAAUCGUCUCUAGUAGAUUAGAUUGGAUCUGCUGAGUAGGGUGGUGCAAAUGUCUCGCUACGAGUCUCCUUCCUUUGACGACGGCGAGGUUAAUCCGUUUGCGAAUCCUUCAACUGUUCCAGCUGCAGCGCCACAGUAUAACCGUGGUGGUGCCACAACUGAUAUACCUCUAGACUCUGGGAAGGAUCUGAAAGCUAAGGAGAAGGAACUCCAGGCCAAAGAAACUGAAUUGAAGAGACGGGAGCAGGAGCUCAAGCGGAAAGAGGAUGCUAUAGCACAGGCCGGGAUUGUGAUAGAAGAGAAAAACUGGCCACCGGUUUUUCCUCUCAUCCAUCAUGACAUUUCUAAUGAGAUUCCCAUCCAUCUCCAGAGAAUCCAAUAUGUCGCAUUCACAUCGUUUCUGGGUCUUGUGGGGUGCCUCUUAUGGAACAUUGUUGCUGUCACCACCGCGUGGAUUAAGGGAGAAGGUCCAACGAUAUGGUUUCUUGCUAUAAUCUAUUUCAUAUCAGGGGUUCCUGGGGCAUAUGUCUUGUGGUAUCGACCUCUUUACCGUGCCAUGAGGACUGAUAGUGCUCUGAAGUUUGGGUGGUUUUUCUUCACGUAUCUGUUUCACAUAGGGUUUUGUGUAUUCGCCGCGGUGGCUCCUCCAAUCAUCUUCAAGGGGAAAUCCCUGACGGGAAUAUUGCCGGCGAUUGACGUGUUGAGCGGGAACAUAUUGGUUGGAAUAUUCUACUUCAUUGGGUUUGGAUUCUUCUGCCUUGAGUCACUCGUGAGCAUCUGGGUUAUUCAGCAAGUGUACAUGUACUUCAGGGGGAGUGGUAAAGCUGCAGAGAUGAAGCAGGAGGCAACAAGACGAGCAAUGAUGGCAGCUCUUUGACCACACACACACCCUUGAGUCGUAACCCUGAAGAUAACAUACAAACAGAUCUUUUCCUUUCAGUCCUAUUUUUUACUCUAUUUAACUAAGAGUAACAAAACUUUUGAUUUCCUUUUAAUCAUAUUUUGAUUACUUAAAUUUUAAAAAUCCCCAAAAUUCUUAUUUCAUAAAUACGCAAUGUUUGGAUAUAUCCCGCAAUGGGUAACCUUACAACGAGAAAUUAUCAUAUCAUUUCG